AUGCCGGAUAAGAUGGCGGACAGUGUUGACCAGGUCACACGAGGAGAGUCGACGUUCUCUGUUGGCACCACCGAUACCGUCUCCUAUCUUGAACCAGAACCUACCACCGGAGAGUGGCUUCAGGAACAUGCUCCAUCCGUUCGCGAUGUAGUCAUGUAUUUCUUGGAUACCUUGCCUUUCUGGCGCUGGAUCACAAGGUACAACUGGCAGUGGUUUUGGGGUGACAUGGUUGCUGGCAUUACUGUUGGAGGCGUUGUGGUUCCGCAGAGCAUGUCAUACGCGAAACUGGCCGAGUUACCUGUGCAAUUCGGUCUGUACUCAUCAUUCAUGGGGGUGUUGAUUUACUGGGUUUUUGCCACCUCCAAGGACAUCACAAUUGGGCCCGUCGCAGUCAUGUCUACCUUGGUCGGUGGGGUCGUAAAGGAGGUCAUAACUGAGAAUCCAGAUGUCCCACCAAACAUAGUAGCUUCUGCACUAGCCAUUGUUGCAGGCGGGAUUGUUGCAGCCUUGGGAUUUCUCCGACUUGGUUUUAUCGUUGAUUUCAUCCCCCUUCCGGCUAUUUCGGCGUUUAUGACUGGGUCAGCAAUCAAUAUCAUUGCUGGACAAACUUCCAAGUUGCUCGGAGAAACAGCAGACUUCAGCACACAUGGAUCAACCUAUAAAAUCAUCAUCAAUACCCUCAAAUAUCUCCCCACCUCGACAAUCGACUCUUCGCUAGGCUUCACAUCGCUGGCGAUGCUGUACUUAAUCCGCUUUGGCUGCAAUUAUGGGGCCAAUAAGAUGCCUCGCCGUGCUAAGCUAUUCUUUUUCUUAUCCACUCUGCGCACUGUGUUUGUGAUCCUCUUCUACAUCAUGGUCAGUGCCGCAGUAAACGUGCAUCGAAAAUCUGACCCUAUGUUUGAUAUCAUUGAGGAUGUCCCGCGAGGUUUCCAAAAUGCGGGAGUGCCUGUCAUCAACGCCAAAAUCGUCAGGUUGUUUGCAGCCCGGCUUCCUGCUUCGGUGAUGGUUCUCCUGAUAGAACACAUUGCCAUUUCCAAGUCCUUUGGUCGGGUCAAUAACUAUACCAUCGACCCUUCGCAAGAAAUGAUCGCCAUUGGAGCCACCAAUUUGCUUGGGCCCUUCCUAGGCGCCUACCCAGCGACGGGGUCGUUUUCUAGGACUACCAUUAAAUCAAAAGCAGGAGUUCGGACCCCGUUUGCUGGUGUAAUCACAGCCAUUAUUGUCUUGCUGUCGAUCUAUUGCUUAACAGAGCUCUUCUUUUAUAUUCCUGAGGCUGCACUUGCUGGUGUGAUCAUCCAUGCCGUUGGUGAUUUAAUUACGCCCCCCGACACUGUUUACCAGUUCUGGCGUGUUUCACCACCUGACGCCAUCGUCUUUUUUAUUGGGGUGCUUGUUACCGUCUUCACAUCCAUUGAAAUUGGUGUCUACUGCACCAUCUGCAUCUCUCUUGCUGUCUUUUUGUUCCGUGCGGCAAAGGCUCGCGGCCAGUUUCUGGGCAGAGUGACCAUUCACUCAGUGGUAGGUGAUCACCUGGUGGAUGGUAAUGGGAAAUAUGACUCUGGAUUGCAUACCCCAUCGGAAGGUACACCGCACUACAACCGGUCUAUCUUUCUGCCCACUAGCCACACCGAUGGUUCGAAUCCAGACAUCAAGGUGGAACAGCCUCAUCCGGGUAUUUUUAUCUACCGAUUCUCCGAAGGAUUCAACUAUCCGAAUGCCAAUCUCUACUCAGACUAUCUUGUCCAGACCAUCUUUCAGAAUACUCGUCGGACAAACCCCUUAUCCUACUCAAAGCGUGGGGACCGACCGUGGAAUAAUCCUGGCCCGCGUCGGGGUAAGCAGGAGGAAGACCGUUCGCAUUUGCCGACCCUGAGGGCUAUCAUUCUUGACUUCUCAUCUGUAAACCAUGUCGAUGUCACCUCUAUCCAGAACUUGAUUGAUGUUCGCAACCAGUUGGAUCUCUACGCGUCACCUGACUCAGCGCAGUGGCAUUUUGCCCAUAUCAAUAACCGCUGGACCAAGCGUGCACUUUCUGCUGCAGGGUUCGGCUACCCAACUCCCACUUCAGAAGAUGGAUUUCAUCGAUGGAAGCCCAUCUUUAGCGUUGCUGAGAUUGAAGGCAGCUCUUCUGCUGCCGCCCAUGCCGAGAUCGUGAACAAUGAACAAGAAUGUAGACGGCACCAGCGUCACGACAAAAUCAACGACGCUGAGGAUGGAAUCAAUUUGCAGUCCAACAUUACAGAGUUCGAAGUGUUGAAAGGCGAGAAUUCAUCUGGUGGCAGCAGUACUUCAAGGGGCAAGGUGCUGCCCGUCCUCACGGACAGCAAGGCCUAUCGGACUCGGUCAAGAGUGGCAUUGGUGCAGGGCCUCAAUCGACCUUUCUUCCAUAUUGACCUUACGAGUGCUUUGCAGAGUGCAGUGGCAAAUUCGGAUAUCCCUGGGUCUCUCAAGCCUGAAGCGGAUUAG